GCAGGGAAGUAAUACUUGCUGUGUUCAGUUGUUGGUAAAAUUUUUUGUAUAACCUUUACCAGUAGCGAGAUAAGUUUCUAUAGAACGAUUGUUAAAAAAAACUAUAAGGUGAAGGUGAAAUGCCGAGUUUAAAACGUUAUCUGUUUAUUGUGUUCUCUAAAGCUCGAAGCGACAGGCAAGAGUUUAUCGUUCGCGUUUCUUCGAGCAAUAGGUGAAAUAUCUGAAUCUAUCGAUUCUAUAAGUAAGAAGUAUAGAACUAUCUUAAAGGUUAAUAAAGCAGUGGUCCUAUAUUUUCAAGAUAUUAAGGAGCGUCAAAAGGAAUCGAAUAUAGAGCGACUACAAUUCGAGUUAGAGGAAACAAGAAUAGAUUAGGAAUAAUAUUUGGUAAGCGGAUGAUGGAUGAGUAUACGCAAGCUAUUUCAUUCGUCAACAGCUACUUUGCCCUGGUCGAUGGUCUCGCUUAUGGUUUAGAAAGCCACCUCUCGGAGAAUGUGAUUCUCGAUUGGUUCGGUAGGACGAUCAAAGGCAGGAAAAACGUAACAGCUUUCAUGGAAACGCACAAAGUGAAUAGUCGGCACAUAUUUGGGAAUAUCGUACCCAGUACCUGUAUCAAUUACGAAAAGAAACGCGCGGAUCGGAGAACGAUCUUCUCGUAUAAAAAUUAUGACGCUCAGGAAUUUCGACGCAGCGACGUCGACGUUGAUAACAAUGAGAAUCAAAAUCAGCCUGAAUCAUCCGACCAAGAAUUACCGGAAACGUUCUCAAAGGAUGACGUCAUUAAAGAUUUUAACCAAAAUGAAAUCAAUACGAAGGGUAUCACUGCGAUGCACGACACAUUCUACGACUUAAGAGAGGGUGAUCUCAGCAAUCUUUUCAAGCUUGAGAUCUCGUCGACCAACAUAGAGGAGAUCGAGCAGAGCAUUAAUAGGAUAAAAUUGGAAGAGGAAAUUGCACCAACCGUCAAAGCUGUCAAGAGAGAGUGUGGUCAAGGAGAUGGGCCUGUCGUCGCUGAAACUAGCACCAUCAAGUAUGUGGAAGCUGAUGGAGAAAUAGAAUUUUCCCGCAAACAUUGGAAAGGAGGCAAGGAAUAAUUUUAUUUGUAUCUUUAUCGAACUAUAAUUUAGUUUCCUAACUUGCCGGUUUCGAAAUCAAGCUUUUCGUUUGAAAUUAAUGUCGGACAAGUCAGGUUCCCCGACAAGAAACUCGGUGGAAACAUUUCAUAAUGAGAAUGUGGUUUAACUCGAUCGCAGAUGCUUGGAACGCGUAUUCCUCGGCUACGUCUGGCGUUCACACUUGGAGGCGACCGUGCAAACUGCAAAUCGCGUAUUCCAUUUCAACCGACAGUCCAGCCUUGGA